AACAGAAGAUGAAAACAAAAAGUUUGCUAUGGCCUUGGCUUUCUCAAUGGAUGAAGUCAACAGAAACCCUGAUCUUCUACCAAAUACGUCUUUAAUCUUUAAAUUACCACACUGUCUAAGCAUGUCAAAAUUAUAUAAUAUCAUUCAUUUUUUUGAAGAAAGUCAUAUUAUUUUUCCUAAUUAUGACUGUGGCAAAGAGGUAAAAUGUACAAUAGUGCUUACAGGACCAAACUGGGAAACAUCUAUCAUAUUUCACACAUAUUUUUCCAGCUUCAAAUAUCGUAAGGUAUUUCAGCUUACUUAUGGCACUUUUCAUCCUUUCCUGAAUGACCAUGUACAAUUUCCCUGCCUGCAUCAGAUGGCCCAUGAGGAUACAUCUCUUGCCUUGGCUAUGGUCUCCUUCUUACUUUACUUCAGCUGGAACUGGGUUGGUCUAGCCAUCACAGACAAUGAUCAGGGCAUCCAAUUUCUCUCAUAUUUGAGAAGAGAGAUGGAAAAAAAUGGAAUAUGCUUUGCUUUCAUGAGUGUAAUCCCUGUCAAUAUGCAGUUAUACAUGGCAAGAGCUGAAGUGUAUUACAACCAAAUCGUGACAUCGUCCACAAAUGUUGUUAUCAUUUAUGGCAACUCAGACAGUACUCUAGCUUUGAGUUUUAGAAGUUGGGAAUCUGAAGGGAUACAGAGAAUAUGGAUCACCACCUCACAGUGGGAUGUUACUACAGGAAAGGGAGACUCCACACUUGACUCAUUCCAUGAGAUUCUUGCUUUUGCACACUACCAUGGCAAGAUUUUUGGUUUCAAAAAUUUUGUACAGACAUUGAUCCCUCUAAAAUACUCUGAUAAAUAUCUGGCAAGACAGGAGUGGAUGGAUUUUAACUGUGAAGCCUCAGCAUCUAACUGUAGGACAAUGGAGAACUGCUCAUCCAAUGCCUCAUCGGAAUGGCUAAUGGCACAGACUUUUGAUAUGGCCUUUAGUGAGAGCAAUUAUGAAAUAUACAAUGCUGUGUAUGUUGUGGCCCAUGUUGUUCAUGAUAUGCUUCUUCACCUAGUAAACAAUCAGCUAAUUGACAAGGGUAAAGAACCAGAUUACCACUGCUUGAAGAUGCACCACUUGCUGAGAAAGAGCCACUUCACUAAUCCUGUUGGUGACAAAGUGAAUAUGAACCAGAAAGAGUGUGACAUCUAUCACAUUAGAAAUUCCCCACAUGGUGUUGGACUUAAGGUGAAAAUAGGAAAGUUUAGCCCCUAUUUUCCACAUGGACAACAGCUCCAUUUUUCUGAAGACAUGCUAGAGUGGGCCUCAGGAAGUAGACAGAUGCUACCCUCCAUAUGCAGUGUUGAUUGUGGUCCUGGAUUCAGAAAAUUCAGGCAGGAGGGAAUGUCAGCCUGCUGCUUUAUUUGUAUCCACUGCCCAGAAAAUGAAAUUUCUAAUGGAACAAAUAUGGAGCUGUGUGUGAAGUGUCCAGAGGGCCAGUAUGCCAACAUAGAGCAGAAUCACUGCACCCACAAAGUUGUGAUGUUUUUGAGCUAUGAAGACCCAUUAGGGAUAGCUCUGGCCUUGAUGUCCUUGGGCUUCUCUGCUUUCACUGCUCUGGUUCUUGGGGUAUUUUUGAAGUACAAUGACACAGCCAUUGUGAAGGCCAAUAACCGUGCUCUCAGCUACAUCUUACUCAUGUCACUCAUGUUCUGUUUCCUCUGCUCCUUGCUCUUCAUUGGCCACCCAAACUCUGUCAUCUGCAUCCUGCAGCAAAUCACAUUUGGAAUUGUAUUCACAGUGGCUAUUUCCACUGUGUUGGCCAAAACAAUCACAGUGCUUCUGGCUUUCAAAGUCACAGCUCCUGCAAGAAGGAUGAGGUACAUUCUGGUUUCAGGAACACUUAACUACAUCAUUCCUCUCUGUACUCUUAUCCAAAUUAUUCUCUGUUCAGUUUGGCUAGGAGCUUCUCCUCCCUCUGUUGAUACUCAUGCACACUCUGAGCAUGGCCACAUCAUCGUUGUCUGUCAUAAGGGUUCAGUUUUAGCGUUUUACUGUGUCCUAGGAUACUUAGGCUGCCUGGCCCUGGGAAGCUUCAUUUUGGCUUUCUUGUCCAGGAACCUGCCGGACGUAUUCAAUGAAGCCAAGUUCUUGACAUUCAGCAUGCUGGUGUUUUGCACUGUGUGGAUCAUUUUCCUGCCUGUCUACCAUAGCACCAAGGGCAAGGUCAUGGUGGCUGUGGAGAUUUUUUCCAUCUUGUCUUCCAGUGCUGGGAUGCUGGGGUGCAUCUUUGUUCCCAAGUGUUACAUUAUUGCGUUCAAGCCACACACAAAUGCUCUUCCAAAGAUCAGGGGGAAAUCAUAUUCCUAA